ACUGAACUAUAAUACAGUUCGGUUCAGAUGACGUUCCAGUAGUAUAAACAAUAGACAAUCGACCGAAGCGCUUCCAUAUUGACAAUUUGCCGCCAAUUUAACGGCUGAAUGUUGACAUUUUUGGUAUUAGUUGUGUUCAAAGUGAGAAAAAUGUUACAAAAUAUCCUGGAUAUUCGGGUUUAAAUUAUUAAUUCGUUGCUUAUAAUGGGAUUCACGUCGUGUAUAAUCGAUCAACUGCCACUGCGAGAGCAUUUGAACAGCAAAUUCCAUCGGUUCAAUUUUCAUUCGCGUUGACUUGAACUCGGGUAAAAUUCUGGAUCAUGUUAAUCCAAUUCUCUGUAAACUCACUUCAUUCGGUUCAAAUGCAGUCUUAUUUGAUAUACUUAUACUAACAAGUGCAUCGUAUUUCAAAGUAGAUUUUCGUUUAAUUUUCGAAGUGUACAAUUAGCGUGCCAAUUUGUGUAAGUAAUCGUCCAUAUCGGUGAUCCAUGGUGUCGUUUCAGAACACAGCAAGCAGAUCCACAAGGAUAUCGUUAUUCAUCAAUGCGAAUCACCUCUCCACGGUUGGCUAAUUACUACGCGAAACAAGCCGGGAUGCAUACGGAAGCAAUCAGGCCAAGAGGAUGCAGCCUAAUUGUUGGCAGAUAUCGUUGCUGUGGCGCACGAUAACAAUGUUGCGAAGAUUUACGGCACUGGAAACCAUACAGAAGCGAUGGGCAUCGGUGAGGGCGAUGGUGAAAAUUGACGAGAGUGUGAAUAAACAAAUAGAAACAGAUGAGCUCAAUCCAAAACGACAUCCUGGAAUAAUAAAGUCACGAGCCAUACAAUUACCAGAAUGGAUCGAAAAAGCGAUGAUUGAAGCUACCGCAGAUCAUCCAGUGAAACCUCUGCGCAAAGUGGCUGGCAUCCUAGCUAAUUAUUUAAAACAGCGCCACCCACCCUUGGAAAAACAUGAAUUUGUUGAUAAACUAACGGAAGUGCAAGAGUUAGUGUCGAGAAAAGUCGAUCUAAGUAAAUUAUCUAACGAUGAAAUAGACGAGUUUUGGAAAAGAAAUCAGUAUAACGUUAAAAUUAAAUUGAAGCAGCGGGUUUACGCUUGGGUUGCUGUGGAAUACGAUGCUUACAAAAGCCUAUGUUACAUGCUGGCUCGUGGAGCUCAGGAAUAUUCAGUAUUAUAUCAGAUAUUUAACGAGAUACACCUGGCUGAUAAAGAAUUUCAGCCGAAAGCGUUGUUUGACUUUGGAUCUGGAAUCGGCACAGUAACAUGGGCGGCGUCUCAGUUCUGGAUAACAUCGUUGAAUGAAUAUUACUGCGUAGAUUCUUCGGGAGACAUGCAUCGCUUGGCGGAAUCCAUAAUAGCGAAUCACCCGUCCAAGCUCAAGGAAGUUUACUUUCGGCAAUUUUUACCAUCGUCAGCAAGGAUAAAAUCAGACAUCGUCGUUUCGGCAUUUUCGUUAAUGGAGUUGCCGAACGCGCAAGCAAGGCUUGAAGUAGUUUUAAAUCUUUGGAUGCGGACUAACAACUAUUUAAUCAUCGUUGAACAGGGAACAAAUGCGGGAUUCAGGAUUGUAAACGAGGCCCGUGACUUUGUUUUGGAUAUGUCCAGUAAAUCCUUGGAGACUGACAAUCCGAAUCCGUUUCACGUCUUCGCACCAUGUCCCCACGACAUGAUCUGCCCGAGAUAUAUCGUUGACAAAACACCAUGUAACUUCCAAUCAUCUUAUUUCACCGUGUCGGUAGGAAAACAAUCAGAAUUGAAAAAGGAACGAUAUUCGUACGUCGUCCUUAAGAAAGGUGAGCGUCCUGCAGAUGAUCCACAGUGGCCCAGACUUGUCAGACCAAGUUUGGUUCGUUCAAAACAUACGAUGUGUCGGAUCUGUACAGCGACAGGGAAACUCGAGGAGAUUGUCUUCACAGCCAGUAAGCACGGAAAACCGCUAUACAAAUGUGCCAGACACAGCGAUUGGGGGGAUAAACUGCCUCUUCAAAUCAUAGAUCCAGAAGAACCAGCCUCCAGUGAUUAAAUGUUAAGAUUAAAUAUUUUUGUAACACGAUUGACAAUGUAAAUAAUAAACGUGUAAAUAUAGGUAUAUCAUUAAUGAAUACACGUCGUUAUCUCA